UGUUUCGGUGCGUCUAGUUUCUCUCCGGCGCUGCCUCUUUAAAGCACCCAGCGAGGCAGCGAGGGUGGAGCGGGCGGCUGCUGCGUGGGCACUGCCCCGCGCCACUGCUUCGAGCUGCGUCCGCCCAUGUCCGCCCUCGCCAUUAACCUCGCUAUUUCGAGAAACUUCCAGCCCACUUUCGCACGUCACUUCAAGGAAUCUUUAAAGCGUCCGCCGCCCGUAUAAAAUGUCUCAGUACUAGACAGCCAGCAACAUGAACGGCCUGAAGACGCAGUCACCUGUCGUGACAAUGGCGAAUAAUGACAGCGACCCUCUGCCCCUCGGGUGGGAAGUUAAGAUCGACCCUCACACUGGAUGGCCUUUCUUCGUGGAUCACAACAACCGCACGACCACUUGGAAUGACCCGAGACACGACACGAAGAAGGUCAGAGAGCUGUCAGCAAAUGGACCCAACAUACCACCAGAACCAAGUCCCCAAGAACUGCAGAAGAGCUUUGUGAAGCACCCCAUUCUGCGUCCGGGUUAUGUUCCGAUCCCAGUCUUCCACGAGGGAGCAGAACUCCGACAACAACAACAUCCAUGUUAUUCCUACAUCCACCCGACCGCCGCCCAGAAUAUACGCUCAGAUGGCAGGGUGCCAUCUCCGACGCCGGGACUCCAGGCCAGGCCCAGAUCUCCUCUACAGGCAGCCUCAGACAGCUCUGCCUGUGAGCCUCGAAAGAGCACUUCACCGGUUUCCCAGACAGCCGAGGUUUACACUGCUCCUCAACAUCAGCCCCCAAGACCCAGCAGCACUGGCCUUCAGGCUGGUUACAUCCCUAUACCAGUCAUCCAUGAAGGAGGCGGCGGCCCAACAUUAACACAAGUCCAGCCGAAUCCCUCGGUUUAUUCUCAGCGUGUCCCUUACCCUGAGCAGCCUUUCCAUCGCCUGCAGUCAGACGAAUGGCCGGCGUACUCUGCAGCAAAGGAUCGAGGCUCCCCCGUGCUGUUUCCUCAGCACCGGGAUGCGGCAGUCGCUCACCUCCCACACCAUAUAAGAAGCCAGUCGCCUGUUAUCUCACAGGUGUUAGGAGAAAGGCCUCAUCAUGUCCUUGUGAGAGAGUCGCCUCAGAAAAUGGAGCAGGAGCAUCACAUCUCUCAUCAAAAGCCUGACAUCACGCAGCACACUCAGCCUUUGCUCACAGAUGCCGACAGCCCAAAGCCUCAACAGAUCCUCCAGCCUCCACAACAGCAACCUCAACAGCUACCACUCCAGCAGCCAAUGUGCCAGCAGGCACAACAACACUCACCGUCUCACCCGCAGCAACCUCAGCAGCCUCAACAACCUCAGCAACCUCAGCAGCCUCAGCAGCCCGACCCCGUGACGCAGCUACAUCAGCAACCACUAAACACAGAGCAACACGGUGCCGUCGAAACACCUUCCACCCAGGAAGCCCAGGACGUGGCAUCAGCUGCAGAGUUGCCACCUGGAAAGAUUGAAGCUGAGCAGCCUGCUCAAAGCCCUGUUCACCCCGGCCUGGCUAAGGUACAGCAGAUUGUGGAGCGGGUUGCCAAACUGGAGCAGGAGGUCAAAUGUUUUGAGGGAAAGAAGAAUGAUAAAAAGUACCUGCUACUGGAGGAGAUGUUAACAAAAGAGCUAUUAGCGCUGGACUCAGUCGACCCGGAAGGUCGUGCGGAUGUACGGCAAGCAAGGCGGGACGGAGUCCGACGUGUUCAGACCAUACUGGAAGAACUGGAGCAGAUGCAGGAGCCACAAAGCAAUCCAGCAAGCGGGACCCUUAUGCAAGGAGACAUGCUGGCACAAAAAGGAGAGCACAGCAUGAUCACGAAAGAGAAUGUAGAAAUGGCAAAAGAAAUUUCAUAAUGACUGACAGCUGUCGUCUCAGGCGCACUCACCGUCCUGCUCCACAGCAUUUGUGAAAGUUGCAUGAUAUCCUUCCAUCCAGCACUUAAUAGUUGAUCAGUGCGGUCAUGUUUUCACGCCAAUGUUGUUGCCUUCUAUGUCGUGCCAUCAUCUUCGGAGUAAGACAUCUGUCCACAAUUUUGUAGUAAGAUUUCAAUAAGAUGCCUUUAUUAAAGAAUAGAAGCAAAAAAAGUAUUUUCUUAACAGUUGUUCCGUGUUGUUGCCUUCUGUUUAUCAGAUCUUGGCGAGAAGACUUUUUUUAAAUCUAAAGAAAAGAACAAUCGAGUCACCGUGCUGCAGCUGCAAUGUCACAAACCAGUAGAUGCUGCUUGUCUAUGUGCAUUACUAUAGUCCUCUUUGCACUUUGCCACCAUUGAAAUGUAUCAUGACGAAACAUGAGCUGCUUCACUUCAGUUGAAGUAUAUCACUUACACAGGUUUUGAUUGACGUGUUUGAGUGUUUGUAUUUUGAGAAUAUAUUUACAUACUAUUUUAAUACAGCUCUGAAUGUGUAAUUUAGAAAUGGACCUGAGAUGAGACGCAAGACAAUCAGCACACAGUGCUUAAAGUGAAUCAAACUUUAGUGAAAUACUGUUACAAAAUCCAGUCUUUACAUAAAUUUACAGUUCAUAUAUAUAUAAAACGACAGCAGUUGGCCUGAUUGAUUCUCGGGUUAUAAGUAGUUGAGCACACUGUGGAAAGUCACCGUGCGAUUCAAAUGAUUCACAAAUAAUAGAUUUAUUUAUUUGACCUUUCCAGACUUGGGUGGUGUAGUCCCAAUCAUACUUCAAUGUAUUUUAUUUAACAGAAACAAGUAACUGUGGUUGUGUGCUAUGUGUUCGUUUACGCUGGCUCUGUUUUCUUUCUGGAGCUUUUGAAGCGACUUGAGAAUAUCCAAUGUUCAAGUGAAUGAGAUCAGCCGCCCUUCCCACCACUGAGUCAUCACUGACAAAUGUGCUUGCCCCAUUACUGGAGGAAGCAGUAAAAUUGUGUGUUGUUUAUGUGUUUUGGGCUGUUUUAUACAUAUAAUUCACCCUAACAAUAAAAGUGUAUUUUAAAAA